AUGUCGGACGAAGUCGCGCAAGCCCGUCCCGAGGAGGUCGACGGACCAGAGCCCGAGGACAACGCACAGGAAACAGCGACAACCACCACCGAGGUCGCCGCGCCGACAGAACGAAAAGUAAAAAAGAUCAUCAGGAAGAAGAAGAGGCCGGCGCGCCCCCAAGUCGACCCGUCCUUCAUCACCUCGGAGCCGCCGCCGCAGACGGGAACAAUCUUCAACAUCUGGUACAAUAAGUGGUCGGGCGGCGAUCGCGAGGACAAGUACCUCUCCAAGACGCACGCAAAGGGCCGCUGCAACGUCGCCAAAGACAGCGGCUACACGAGGGCCGACAAGGUGACCGGCAGCUAUUUUUGUCUGUUCUUCGCGCGCGGCAUAUGUCCCAAGGGCCAGGACUGCGAGUACCUGCACCGUCUGCCGGGCAUCCACGACAUCUUCAACCCCAACGUCGACUGCUUUGGCCGGGACAAGCACUCCGAUUACAGAGACGACAUGGGUGGUGUCGGUAGUUUCAUGAGGCAGAACCGCACGAUUUAUGUGGGAAGGAUACACGUCACGGAUGAUAUCGAAGAGAUUGUGGCGCGUCACUUUGCGGAAUGGGGGCAAGUCGAACGAGUCCGCGUGCUCAACACUCGCGGAGUCGCAUUUAUAACAUACUCCAACGAGGCCAACGCGCAAUUCGCCAAGGAAGCUAUGGCGCACCAGUCCCUGGACCACGAGGAGAUCCUCAACGUGCGAUGGGCGACCGCCGACCCGAACCCGAUGGCGCAGGCGCGCGAAGCGAGACGGAUCGAAGAGCAGGCCGCCGAGGCCGUCCGGCGCGCGCUCCCCGCGGAGUUCGUGGCCGAAAUCGAGGGCAAGGACCCGGAGGCCAGGAAGAGGAGGAAGAUUGAAAGCAGCUACGGGCUCGAGGGCUACGAGGCGCCAGACGAGGUCCAUUUCGCGCGGGGCGCCAACGCCGUGAACCCCGUCGGCCGUGAGGGCCACGAGGUGGAGUACCAGGAGCGGCCUAUGCUCGAGAACGGCGGCCAGGAACAGUAUGACGGGUUGCCUAUGCUACAGCAGCAGCAGCCGUCGAUUGUGUCUGGCGGGAUCUUCUCCAGCAGCACACUGGCGGCCCUCAACGCGUCCAAGGUCGCUGUGGCGUCGAAACCAAAGGUUGCUGUGUCUGCUGGGCCGUUGGUCGGCUACGGUAGCGACGAUGAUUCCGACUGA